CGAAGGGACUUCUGUCGGGGAGGCUCUCUUGCUGCAAUUCUCUGUCUCUGGAUUGGAUGAAGGGGCGCAAAACGAGAAAUGCGAGCUUUGGAAGGGCUCGUCAUUCCUCACAAGCUAGGGGCGUCUUUUGUAACGCUCCGACACAGCUCGUGUGAGGCGAAUGAAGGUCAGAAUGUGACGAGAGCAGCACGGGAGGGGUGUCCGCGAUCGAGUCGCAAUGAGACCUUGCCCCUACCGAACAGUUGAUAUCUCGACCAGCAUCCGAGGGUUGAUGUCAACUUGGUGAUUAUCCCGUUGCUGUGGUCGUUGGCACUCUCCCAGCGGUCACUGAACGCUCUGCCAUUCGAAAGCGAAGAUGUAUGCGAUCGUACGACUUCAUGUCGCCUACAGACGCGUUCCGCGUCAGGAACGGAUGGACCUGGUGCCGUAAAUGCCUGCAAUGCCCAACACGAUUCGUGUCGUUUUCCCAUACGACGCUGCCCCGCGCCCCCAUUUCAUUUUGACAACAACUGAGAGCAGGGUGUGAUGCGGGCCGCCUGCUCUUCUUCCGAGCCGAUGCCACUGUGCAGUGUAUCGUCGGAGCAGUCGCAGCAUGCAACCGUCGACAAGCUUGAGAGUUGGGUCGCCCAGGUAAUCGGGCGGCCCAUACACCGAUGGCAUUCCUCUUGCACCGCCGUGCAACUUCCGACACCAAGCUCGCGAGCGUGCUGAAUGAGGACCCCAAAUUGAAGCACGGAGAACUCUGCGUGAGCACUGUGCAAGCUCGGCAGAAGGGACUGCCUUGACGGUGUGGUUACUUUGCCGCCAAAUGACAUCGAGGUGGCACCUGGUGGACGAGAAGGUCCCUGUUCCUGCGGUGGCGCGUGGCUACCGGCACCCGACUUGGUCCGAAUCGUGGCAAAGGCACACCAAGCAGCGCCUACAACGCAUCCUCUUCCCUUUCCCUUCGAACGAGGCGCUUCUUUUAGCUCUCCGUUUCUCCCAGGUCUGUGCCGAAAGCACACUUGCAUCACCCAGCAAGUGCUGGAGGUCGGCGAUUUGGGGACUCGACUGCGCGCACUGCGUCAAUGGCGCAAAAUCACAUUCUUAGUGCAAUCACACAGUACCCCCCAUGCCGACAUCGCAGUUGUUCAUUCCACGCAAGUGCCAUUGUAUGGCCCAGUCGAGGGGAGGCUCGCAACAAUGCAAAACGUGACGUCAUGCGCCUGGUAAUGAAAAACCAUGACGAAGCAGAAGGUUGGAGAGUGUGGUACUUUGGAAGGGUGCAUAGACGCCUGGCAAGUCUUCGUGCGGGGUGAUUGGAACAGUCGGGAAAUGCGACUCGCACGGUCUUCUUCGUCGCCUUGAUCGAGAGGCACAAACAUCUUGGCGUAUGAUCUGGUGCACACUCACACUGCAUCGGCGAGAUCGAGAUGGGCCGUACGCAUCCCUUGUGCCGUCAGUCUUUGCCUUCAUCCCGAGUGUCGCUUUGAUCAAUUUUCGCCACGGUAAACUUGCGUGGCUGCAAAGGAGCGGCCAU